AUGGCGGUCAUCACCCGAAUCUUGUCCCACGCGGCAAACAAACCGUACCGGUCCAAGCAGCUCCGAGAUGAUUCGCCUCCCUUUCUCAACGCCGACGGCCACGUCGAUUUCGGGCCCAAUGAUAUCGAAAAUCCCCGAAACUGGUCGUUCGCUCGGCGGACCAUGAUCACCAUCUCCGCGAUUUUCGGCCGGCCUGACCAUCACCCUGUUCCUGCUGGGGUACUGCGCUGGUCCGCUCAUUUUCGCCCCCUCUCCGAGUUCUACGGUCGACGAUGGAUCUUCUACAUCACCUUCGGUUGCUAUAUGGCCUUCAACUUCCUGUGCGCUUUUGCGCCGAAUUUUGGAGCGCUCCUGGUGGGCCGAUUCUUGACGGGGACCUUUGUGUCUGCGUGCCUGAGUAACUGCCCAGGUGUCCUGGCAGACCUGUGGAAUCCACUUGAGCGUGCCAAUGCAAUGGCCGGGUUCUCUGCGAUGGUAUACAUGGGACCGGCCCUGGGCCCUGUGGUCGCCGGGUUUCUGGAGUUGAAGAAAAACUGGCAGUGGAGCUUCUAUGUUUUGCUCUGGCUGGGCGCUCCGACCUGUCUGGCGAUGCUGACCAUCCCCGAAACCUACGGACCAACGGUGCUGUACAACAAGGCGAAGCGCAUUCGCAAGGCUGCCAUCCUUGGAUAUGAAAACGUGCGAGCGCCCGUAGAGGAUAGCGAUCGAACACUGAUUGGCAUUUAUAAGGUGGCGUUGGUGCGGCCAUGGAUCAUUCUCUUUGACCCGAUCUCACUGCUCUGCGCCAUCUAUAUGGCCUUUGUAUACACUCUCCUCUAUAUGCUGUUCAGCAUUUAUCCAAUCGUCUUCCAAGAGAAGCGCGGGUGGAACUCCGGCGUCGGGGAGCUGCCGCUGAUUGGCACUGUCGUCGGAGCAUUAAUUGGCGGAGCAAUUGUUCUCGCAGACACGCGCAUGCGUCAAAACAGGAUCGACAGGGGCGAGACGAAGAUGGAGGAUGCCGAGCCUGAGGACCGCCUGCCACUGGCGAUGAUCGGAGGAGUUGGGUUUGCGAUCACAAUGUUCUGGUUCGCAUGGUCGGCCGAGUUCAACUCUGUUCAUUGGAUCGUCCCGACUCUCGCCGGGUGCUUCCUUUCGAGUUGCCUACUGCUGAUCUUUGUUGCAUAUCUGAACUAUCUCGUGGACGUGUAUCUCAUGUAUGCAGCCUCUGCCAUUGCCGCAAACACGAUUGCUCGCUCUGCCUGCGGAGCUGCUGCACCGCUGUUCACAAACCAGAUGUUCUCCGCGCUGGGUGUGGGCGGCGGAGGCAGUCUGAUCGGUGGCGUGGCUGCUCUACUGGCAGUGAUACCAUUUCUAUUCUACAAGUAUGGAAAGCAGAUCCGAAUCCGAAGCAAGUUUGCACCAACAAGCCAAAGGAAUCGUUCACAGGUGAGGGAUGAAGAGAACGCGCCGGAUGGCGAUGCGAGCGGGAUUGAGAAGGAGGUGAACGGCGCGACGGAGAGCUCCACCGAGCACCUCAGUGCAGGCGUCGCCGCGCAGGGGCCAUCCUGGCGUGACCCGCCAGACUGGAUGGCUGCCGAUCGCCGCGGUGGACUUGCGGCUUCUCCGACCUCGCUGCCAAUCCCACGAGACGAUGUGCGCAGUUGGCCUCGAGUCGACUGGUCAACUGCACGAUUUCCAGAAUUCCAGUUGGUGUCGACGCAGACGCAGCUGCAAUCUGAAUGGACAGCGCCCUCCGGGUUGGACUCCGAGGAUGCCAUGCGCAGCAUCCUGCAGCUGCAGCCCCGCCACAACCCCUCCACGACGAGGACGAGGGGCCAGCAGUGGAUGUAUCAGAGCUUGCACUAG